UCAACCGAAGCAGGCUUCUCUGUCUUCCCUGGUAUCUCGAUUUUCCUAUUUUGAGAAUUCAAAGCACUUGCCAAGAUGCAGAACGAAGAAGGGCAAAACAUGGAUCUUUACAUCCCAAGGAAGUGUUCUGCUACAAAUAGGCUGAUCACUUCGAAGGACCACGCUUCGGUCCAGAUUAAUAUUGGACAUGUCGAUGAGAAUGGCCUAUAUACUGGCCAUUUUACUACUUUUGCCCUUUGCGGUUUUGUCCGAGCUCAGGGAGAUGCUGACAGUGCACUUGAUCGGCUCUGGCAGAAGAAGAAGGUUGAGGUUCGACAGCAGUAAAUAGAUAAGUACUACUUUUUAGGUUGGCUUUGCUACAAGACCCUGCUUGAGGGGGAAUGGGGAACUUUUGUCAUGACUUUGUUUUGAUCCUACUUUUAGCUAGUAUCGGAUGGUAAAGAACUAGAGAUAUAGUACUUCUUCAUCAUUGUGUCUUUAUUUGUGGAGGGUUCAGAUUUUUGUUAUUAACAAUUUAAAAACCCUUAGUUGAACUUAUAUCAACUGCUAUGCCUACAGUAAGUUUGAAUGCUAUAUUUUAGU